AUGGUGGCCCUUCGGGAUUCAUUGGAAGAUAUUCAAAUUAAUUACUCAGUCGUUUGGGACAGAGGAAGAGACCGCAAGAGUUUUUGGUGUUCUCAAUGCAACUCGGCGUCGAAGGAGGUGGAGGAGGAAGUCGGAAGCAUCGACUUGUCUGUCGCAUCUAAAAUACUCUACCACCACCGUUCGUCGUCGUCGUCGCCGCUCCACCUUCAUCUGCAUCUCAACGUCUUCGGUAAGGAGGAGGGGGAGGAAAAUAACCUUGAUGCAACCGUGGUACAUCUGCUAGGUCAAUCUGCUGCGUACUCGAUUCUCUCGAUAGAAUGCUGUCGUCCGGACGGCAGGAUUGAUCGCUCCUGCUCGGCUGUCGAAUAUCUCCUUUCGUCCGUCUGCUCUCGGGCCUGUUUGCCUAUUUUCAACCAUCCACUACCACCCAGUCUGACCGAGCUCCGUAUUUCAGCUGAGGUGUGCGUUGGCCUUAUUCAUACCAACUGGCUAGCAGCCGAAGACGGCAGCGGUCUGUCUAUCUCCAGAGUGCGGUCACUCAGCAUCUCUCCCGAGUGUUGGCUGUUCCCCUUGUGGUCUUCCUCGGGAAGGCCUGUAAACGCCGGAGACCUUGAGUCGUUGCUUGCCCACCUGCCAUGCCUGACAACACUUAGCCUGUGUACAAGAUGCCUCAUUCGGUGCAGGGGAUUGGAGUUGGUCCUGCGCGCCUGUUCCCGCCUUCGAAGACUGUAUCUUCAUUCGAGAGCAUUUGAGUCUGUUCAGGGCGUGCUAGCUCAACUGCGACUCUCGGCAGAGCAUCGGCGGCUAGAAGUCUUGGUGCUAGACUGUCCCUACGACAUAACGCCCUACGAUCUGGCUGAUGUGCAGAAACUGCCUGCGGUGCGUUAUAUUCUGCUACGACUGGGCUCUUUUAUUAGACUGGCGGCGGCCUGGGUAGUGAACCUCUUUGACAGACUACCCAGUCUCGAGUGGUUCGUCUACAUUUCGCCGGUUGAGUGCCGGACUUUUGUCUGCAGUAGAAUCAGUCCAGGUGCGAGCCUCGAGUUUGCGGAACUGGAUACGGACAGGAUUCCCGUGCUGAUCCAGCGACUGCCUCAACUGCUUAGUGUAUUUUGGGAGAGGCUUCUUGAUUUGGCCUAG